AAAGCAUUAAGCAGCUGUUUUUUUGUUGUCUUUUGCGAAUUUGCUCCAAAAGAGAGAGCACAAAAAUUGUAGAAAACAGAUUGUUGGAGCUGUGCGUUUGGAGCCAGAGAACGAAACCUUUGUUGGUAGAAGAUAAUCUAAAAUCAAUUUCUUUCAAAACUUCAGCCGGAUUUGACGCUCUCUUAGCGGAGCAUUUGAAAUCUGUUUGUAAUUCACCAAGAAGCUGAGCUUAACAUUCACAACAGCAUCAUCGUUCUUUCAAUACGGGAGCAGGUUAAGUAAGCGACGCGAAAUUGCUAAAGAGCGUGAAAAAAUUGACUUGAACGUGGCACGACAUAUGCAGCCACAGGUGUUUAUUGAGGUCACUUACGUUGAUAAAUUUUUGGAUUUCUAAGAAAUUGUCCAGUAAUAAUGCAUUUCGCUCAGUAUAUUUGCUUUCUUGGGAUUAGCUUGGCGACACUACCAGCAUGUUUGGGUCUGUUGGAUGGUAUCUACUGCGGCAGGGAGGAUUGCUAUGAUGUUUUAGGUGUAACGCGCCAAUCCACUAAAGCGGAAAUAGGUAAAGCGUAUCGAUUGCUAGCGCGAAAACAUCACCCUGAUAUGCAUCGAGGCGCUGAAGCUAAAGCGGAAGCUGAAGAAAUGUUUAAAUCGAUUGCUACUGCAUAUGAAAUACUGCGAGAUGACGAGUCUCGACGGGAUUAUGAUUAUAUGUUGGAUCACCCGGAGGAAUACUAUUCACAUUACUACCGCUACUAUAGACGUCGAGUAGCACCAAAAGUUGAUGUACGCAUCGUAAUUGUAGUAACUCUUACGAUUGUAUCUAUCAUUCAAUACUACUCGGGAUUGCAGCGUUAUGAUAGCGCCAUUAAAUAUUUGGCUACUGUCCCAAAGUAUCGGAAUCAAGCGUUAGAAAUUGCAAAAGAAGACAUAGAGAAAAUCAGUAAUCGGAAAGGAAAAAAUCGAAUGUCCAAGUCUGAACAACGUGAAGAGAUCGAGCGCAUUGUCCGCAAAAUAAUUGAAGAAAAGAUGGAUGUUAGGGGCGGCUAUGCUAAACCGUCAAUAUGGGAUGUUCUGUGGGUACAAUUGCUGAUAUGUCCAUACACACUGCUUCGUUUUAUAGUUUGGCAUGCAAAAUGGUUUUGGCAUUUUACCAUAAGGAAACAACCAUACGGGCGAGAGGAAAAGCUCUAUUUGAUACGCCGUUAUAUGAAGAUGGGCGAGAAUCAAUUUAAUGGAUUAGAAGACCAUCAAAUCAAUGAGUAUUUGCAACUGGAAUUGUGGCAAAAGGAUAAAUUCCAGAUAUGGCAAGAAGAACAGGAGGAAGAAAUGAAAAAGAAAUUAGCUGAAAAUCCACGAUACAAAUCUUACAGGCGAUAUAUGAAAAAUCACGGUCCAGGAAGGCUAACAUUUGAAGACUAAUAAACUAUACACUUAUUUGAGAGUUGGACAGGUCUAAAACCAGCAAAAGAUAUGAUAUGGUUUAUAAUCAAUCACAUUAACGUAUGACUUAUGCUCUGUAAAAGUUGACAACACCCCAUCGAAUUAAGCCGAUCAAGUUUUAUUGAUUUCUUUACUACAUAGAAAACUUUAUGCAGUUUCUUCCCACUUUUUUGCUUACAUCUACACUAAUGUACACCUAAUAAAAUAAAUUAUAACUUAACUCGAAA